AUGGUGCAUUUUACUGCUGAGGAAAAGGCUAUUAUCAUGAGCCUGUGGGGAAAGGUGAAUAUAGAAGAGGCUGGAGGAGAAGCCUUGGGCAGGCUCCUUGUUGUCUACCCCUGGACCCAGAGAUUCUUUGACACCUUUGGAAACCUGUCCUCUGCCUCUGCCAUCAUGGGCAACCCCAAGGUCAAGGCCCAUGGCAAGAAGGUGCUGACCUCCUUUGGAGAAGCUGUCAAAAACAUGGACAACCUCAAGGGUGCCUUUGCUAAGCUGAGUGAGCUGCACUGUGACAAGCUGCACGUGGAUCCUGAGAACUUCAAGCUCCUGGGAAAUGUGAUGGUGAUCAUUCUGGCUACUCAUUUUGGCAAGGAAUUCACUCCUGAUGUGCAGGCUGCCUGGCAGAAGCUAGUGUCUGGGGUGGCUACUGCUCUAGCCCACAAGUACCACUGA